AUGGGCUUCCUCAGUGCAGCAAACGUCAAGUUCUGCCUGAGCUUCUUCAAAGAGCUAAACAAACAUGAAGCAAAGCAGGGCGAGGAGGUCUUACCUGCUAAAUGGCAGCACUUCAUCCAAAAGCACGAGCUGGAAGCAGUGGACUUCAUUAAUGCUGCUGAAGAGUCCAGAGAGAAGAUUAAUUCCUCGGUGGAAAAACAAACCGGUGGGAAAAUUAAAGAUCUGUUCCCUCCUGGCUCUGUUGAUUGCACAACGGCGCUAGCUCUGGUCAACGCUAUGCACUUCAAAGGAGAGUACAGGAAUGUACUGAUGAUGUGUCAGGCAGGAAAAUAUAAAUUAGCCAGGAGACAAGAAGAGCAAGUGACAGAGCUGGAGCUUCUGUACACUGGAGAAGAGCUCAGCACGUUCAUUCUCCUUCCAGAAUCCAUCUGUGCGUACUUGCGCCGGUUCAGAAUGGAGGAGACCUGUGAGCUCAUACCAGUACUGCAGACUCUGGGGAAGAGGGAUAGUCUCUCCAAGGCCCUUCACAAGUCCUUUGUGGAAGUUAAUGAAGAAGGCACUGAGGCAGCUGCUGCUACACGGGUGACUAUAAUACCAUUGUGCCUCCACAUUCCUUACGAGUUCAGAGAUGACCACCCGUUCCUCUUCUUGAUCAAACACAAUUUGAGCCAGAACAUUCUCCUAUUUGGCUGA